UUUCUGCUCUGCUUCUUUCUUUGUGGCUUGGGGGUGGGUCUGUCUAUCCUAAUAUGGGCAUUUUAAAUAAAAAAUAAACAAUGCGACUAGGAAUGGCCAUAUAUGUGUUGGGACCUAGAGCUAUUUAGUUACCGUUACACAGCAACUUCGAGCCAGGCGAGCAACAUAUUUGCGAACAUCACAUCUAUUUGUACAGUUUAAAAAUCCGGAUUAUUUUAAGUACAUUAUCUACUUUUAUUCAGAGAUUAAGAUCCAGAAUGUUAGCGAUAUUUUAAAUGGAGAUUAAUUCAUCAGUUGUAAUGAAGAUGCGCUUUAACUUACUUUUUAAUGUAGUGCUGAAAUUCAAAUACCCCGCGUUCCUGCCGCUCACUUCAAAGCUAACUUUUCAGAGACGGCACAGAACCUAAGCGCAGCGAAGGGCACCUGAAGCAUAUUUCCUUUGUUCUGCUACACAUCAGCAAGCAUGAGACUGGUAAUUCUUGAUGACUAUGCAUUGGCCAGUGAAUGGGCUGCAAAGUACAUUUGUAAUCGUAUUAUUGAAUUUAACCCUGGCCCAGACAAAUACUUCACCCUAGGUUUACCAACAGGUAGCACUCCACUGGGAUGCUAUAAAAAGCUAAUAGAAUAUCACAAACAAGGAAAUCUUUCAUUCAAGCAUGUUAAAACCUUUAAUAUGGAUGAAUAUGUAGGUCUUCCAAGGGACCAUCCUGAAAGCUAUCAUUCAUAUAUGUGGAACAAUUUCUUCAAGCACAUUGAUAUAGACCCUAAUAAUGCACAUAUCCUUGAUGGGAAUGCUCCAGAUCUACAAGCAGAGUGUGAUGAAUUUGAAAGGCAAAUCAAAGAAGCUGGUGGAAUUGAACUGUUUGUUGGAGGUAUUGGUCCAGAUGGUCACAUUGCUUUCAAUGAACCUGGUUCCAGUUUGGUAUCAAGAACAAGACUAAAGACUUUAGCAAUGGAUACCAUUUUAGCAAAUGCUAAAUAUUUUGAUGGCAACCUUUCUAAUGUUCCAACAAUGGCACUCACAGUUGGUGUGGGCACAGUAAUGGAUGCCAAAGAGGUAAUGAUUCUUAUUACGGGUGCGCAUAAAGCUUUUGCUUUGUACAAAGCAAUAGAGGAAGGCGUAAACCAUAUGUGGACUGUAUCAGCUUUUCAGCAGCACCCUCGUACAAUUUUUGUCUGUGAUGAAGAUGCUACUUUAGAACUACGAGUUAAAACUGUUAAAUAUUUUAAAGGUUUAAUGCAUGUACAUAACAAACUUGUGGAACCACUGCACAGCAUGAAAAAAAACUGACGUGAAGUUGAUGCUAGAGAGCAUUGGGAAAGAGCAGUCAGUGGCUUAAUGGCUAUGCAAUGUUACCGUGAACCGCUGAACCUGGCAAAAUUGUAAAUGUACUGUAUUAUUAAGGUCCAAUGUCCAAAAUAUACAUUUCAACAUUCCACAUUUGUUAAUUUAGGUAAAGCUUAUUUGUGUUGGUUUUUUUUUCUGUUCAGAUCAUAAUGUAUUAUUUACUCAGUUUUUUAUUAGAGCUUAAUAAUACAUGAUAUAGUAAGAAACCAACAAAGUUCUUUUCAUCUUAGAAGUACCUUUGCCUAACAUUUAAUAGUGGGAUUCUGAUUAUUACACUCCUUUUCAACUAACAAUGUUAGCUUCUGAUAUUAUUACACUCCUUUUCAACUAACAAUGUUAGCUUCUAAAAUUAUUACACUCCUUUUUCAACUAACAAUGUUACAAUAUUAUUGUUUUUAUAAUAUCUGAAAAUAUAAUCGGAUAAAUGUUUACUGCAAGAGCUGUUGCCUUAUACUUUAGGUUUAUCAGUGAAUUACACUAUACUAAAUUACGUUGAACUUUAAGUUCUUUAAUAAUGAUCCUACUUAAAGGAUUUGUUCACUUUACUAACAGUGACUAUAAUAUAUUUUAUACAUUUUCAGUCUUUUUACAGCUCUUUUCAUUUCUGCUAAUGCUACUUCAAUGUUUGUAGUUUUGCAUUAGCUUGAUAUAUUUUUAUUUAGGUUUUUAUGAAAAAUUGCAAAAAUAUGUAGGUCACAUACUACUCUAUAUUUACUUAUAUAUUGCACUCAAGUAUUAAUUGAACAUGUCCUGCUUUGCAAUAAACUGAUCAGCUGAGAAAAAAAAGAA